UAACUUCAUCAAUAACAUGUAAAACCUUACAGAGAAUCUUCUGAAGAUGUCGCUAAAGCUUUGUGAACGGCGACGUGAAAGCAGGCAGGAGAAUGUACAGUAUGGGUGUUUGUGGUGGGGUUUAAGGGUUUCACAUUGUGCUGCCUAGACUGGAAACCACUGUACUGCAUUUGGACUUGACGUCUAACAACAACACAGCGGCACAGACUAGAAGCAGACACAGUGACAUCGCUAAUGAGUGGUUGUGCGCAUACUGCCACGUUGUCGCUGCGCUGCAGAUCCGCCCGCCUGACAACUCUGAUAAGGGAUCCACUAAACCUGGAGCAGCACAAGUCAUUUCAGCACCGUGCGCAGCACACUGAGGAUUACCGCACGGGCCGUGGCGACAUCAGAGAGCCUGCCAUCAAGCUGAGCCAGCGGAGCCGCAACCUAGAGACACAGGACACAGACAGAAAGGAAGGCAAGCCGUUACCGAGAAAACACGAUUACAGCGGAAAAACAAGACAGAUGCAGACAUGUGUCCACUUUGAGGAAACCAACCUGACAGACAAGACGUUGGACUCCCGCAAGACUCCCCACACAGAACCCUAUUCACUCCGACAGGAAGUAGAAACUCUCUGAAAUCCACCACAGGAAGGAAGCGCGAGGGCUGAAGGAAGACAUCGGAGAGGACGCACAGGCGAACAGACGCACAUUCAAGAGAUGGUCACUGGGUCCCGGCCAUGGCUGUAGCCCUGUGGCUCGGAGGAUAGCGAGCGUGUACACCCCUGCCCCCAUACCCCCGCCCUCCUCCCCCUUCCACCACCACCACCCCCCUUAACUCCUAUGACUACCACCAACCCUCACUGAAACCUCCUGGACCUCCAGUCCCCCUGCCCCAUACACCCAACACCUAGCCCAGACGCCAGCACCCAGAGGACUCCUCCCUCACUAGACCCAAACUCUGAAAUCAUCUGACCUCCAUCUCACUCACAUUCUCCCUCUCCUAUUGCCUUCACCUGCACCGGCAGACUGAGGUCAUCACAAAUACCAGAAAAAUAAGAGUCUUGUUAUGUUCGCGGGAAACUUGAUCGACUUGUUUGCAGGAUAGUAAAGCCACCUGUUCACGGGAAAGUAAAGCGUCUUGUCUUUGGGACAAUAAAGAGUCUUGCCUGCGGUACAGUAAAUUGUCUUGUUCGCAGGACAGUAAACCGUCUUGUUCACUGGACAGUAAAGUGUCUUGUUCACAGGACAGUAAAGAGUCUUGUUCACAGGACAGUAAAGUGUCUUGUUCACAGGACAGGAAAGAGUCUUGUUCACAGGACAGUAAAGCGUCUUGCCUGUGGGACAGUAAAGUGUCUUGUUCACUGGACAGUAAAGGGUCUUGUUCACAGGACAGUAAAGCGUCUUGUUCACAGGACAGUAAAGCGCCUUGUUCACAGGACAGUAAAGCGUCUUGUUCACUGGACAGUAAAGCAUCUUGUUCACAGGACUGUAAAGCGCCUUGUUCACAGGACAGUAAUCAAGCCAGUAAACCGGCCAGCCACUGUGCAAGGUGACGGCCUGCCCAUUCUCACGUAUGGCCUGUUGACGAAGGAAGAUGGCAGUCGAACAUUUGCACGUUCCAGUUUUCGGCUCCUCCUCCUACUCCUCCUCCUCCUCCUCCUGCUCCUGCUCCUGCUCGCCACGCCCAGCGACCUCGCCUCGCACCGGUUGAGGUCGGACGGUCGGACGGUCGGACGGUCGCCUGGCAUCCCUUCGUGGCUCGGGCAGCGGUGAGCGCAACGCUGGGAGGAGCAGCAUGCAGGAAACAGACUUGCCGGCCUCCAACGCCUUCAAAGAGUGCAAGUUCCAAUGCAGCAAUGGUAACUGUCUGCGCCUGGGCUCGCUGAUCUGCAACCAGCUCAACAACUGCGGAGACAACAGCGAUGAGGAGAACUGCCCCGUGGUCACCCAGCACCCCCCACCGGGCAUCUUCAGCUCUGAACUGGAGUUUGUUCAGAUUGUCAUCAUCAUCGUGGUGAUGACGGUGAUGGUGGUGGUCAUCAUCUGCCUGCUCAACCACUACAAGCUCUCCACCUGGUCCUUCAUCAGCCGUCAGAGCCAGGCCCGACGCCACCAGCACGCCCUGCAGCAGGACGGCUGCCUGUGGCCCUCAGACGGCGGCUCUCGGCAGAAUGCCUCAGAGGUGCUGUACGCCCCCCAGGCGCGUGAGGCCCGCUUCGCCGCGCCCUCCUUCAUGCAGCGGGACCGCUUCGGCCGCUUCCAGCCCACCUACCCGUACCUGCAGCACCAGAUCGACCUGCCGCCCACCAUCUCGCUGUCGGACGGCGAGGAGCCGCCGCCGUACCAGGGGCCCUGCACGCUGCAGCUGCGCGACCCCGAGCAGCAGAUGGAGCUGAACCGCGAGUCUGUGCGGGCGCCGCCCAACCGCACCAUCUACGACAGUGACUUGAUCGACAUCGGGGGGGUGGGCGUGGCGGCGGCGGGCGGCGGCGGCGGGGGCGGGGGCCCGCGGCCGCCCAGCAGCAACUCUGGCAUCAGCGCGGUGAACUCGUGCAGCCGCGGCCGCAUGGAGGGCCCGCCCCCGGCCUACAGCGAGGUGGCGGGCCACUACCCCGGCACGGCGUUCUUUCUACACCAGCACAGCAAUAAGCAGAGGGCGGGCGGGGGGCCCGGCGGGGGGCCCGGCGGGGGGCCCGGGGCCAGCGCCAUCCAGCCGCAGAGCCGCAGCCGAACGGAAAGCACAACAGCACCUGCCAAGGCGAAGGACGGCCCCCCGGACGGCAUGGUGUAGGGACUACCAGGGUCGGGGGGGCGGAUCUU